AUGUCUUCGAUGGCGGCGGAUUCUGGCACCGGGAUGACGAGGAGGGCGUGCUGUAGAGUGGGUGCGGGCGGCGCGGUUGGUUUGUGGUCUCGGGGUGAGUUCAUGGCGGAGGUGUGCGCGAGAGUGGGAGGGAAUCAAGGGGGUGGCAAUGAGUGUGAUGGUGUGGGUGCGGUGAAGCAAAGGCGUUUGUGGAGAUUGGAUUCCAAGCGGGAAAUUGUGGGUUUCAGUAUGUCGUUUUAUUUUUCCAAUUUUCAGGACAAACGGGCUUUAUAG